CAUGGGACAGUGGAGAUGGGACUUCACACUAUGGUGAAAACACAAGUUUUUAAAUAACUGAUUGUAAUAGGACAAUCACUGAAAGGAAGAGGAACGUCUGGAAAAUGAGAAAUCAUUCCAUCACUCUGAUAACCCAAAGUGGAUGACAUAAGAUAGAAAGUCAUCUGGGAUGCCAGGAGGGAGUAAAUCAUGAGAGAACUUUAAUUUUGGGGUGAACGAUUCCUUUAAGAACAUUGUUCAAACAUAGAUCUGCCAAACUCCUGCCAUAUUAUGCACAUGCACUACAUGAUUAUGCCACAUAUGUUAUACCUACACUCAUAAACCCAUUAGAUGAUCCAGCAUGUCUAAUUUGUCUAACCCAACGUAUCCAUGCAUCGCAGGAAAUACUCUUUGUGUAGUGCUUUUUCAUGAAUUAGAAUUGAUCAUCGUUCCAGUUCUGUUUUUGUUGACUUUUCUUGUCACAUUCAUAAUUGUGCUUGUGCUGAAAUGCUCUCAUAAGCCAUCACAUCACUAUCGGCACCCAACAAAUGAAAAAGAUGUCACACAGCCCCGUCAGAGCACUAACAGACACCGUAACAGCAACAGACGACACCUGCAAGGCAUUGAUGCUCCACCAGAGCUCAACCCAAUGGAGCAUGAGGUUAUUCCCAUGACAGUCCAAACUCACCAUGACGUGCAGAGUUCCAGCCCUGCAGUACCUCAGACCCCCACUGAGAGGCAUCCAGGCAUCUUUCAGCUAGUCACUCCACUACCGCUCACAUUCUCUGUAAAGCAAAAUGACACUAUCACGCUGCACAGAGCUGUCAUGGACAGACAACCAGUCAUUUUACGAAUCCUUAAACAAUCAGACAAUGCCAGAGAGCGCCAGUCUUUUCUGGGGUUUGCCCACUUCUUUGCAGAGUUGGGACCACACCCAUCGCUGCCCAAACUGCUAGGGGUGGUGACAGUACAGAUGCCCUUGAUGAUUGUGGUGGAGGAGUUGGAGAACAGAGACCUGCUGAGCUUCCUGUGGAGGUGCAGACAGGACCACACGGCUCAGGCAGCACCAUGUGAUAUGACUGAAAGACGAAUCUUUGCCAUGGGCGCUCAGAUUGCAUCUGCUCUGGAGUAUCUGCAUAGUAAGAACAACAUCCAUGGAAAUGUCAAAGCUCGAAGCGUCCUGGUUGGUCGGGACCUGAAGGUCAAGCUGUGGGGGCUGGGUCCAGCGUUUAGAAGGAAAAUGGAUACGGGCUCUGCAAAGGAUUUGGACGAUAUAGAAAUGAGAAAGUGGCAAGCUCCAGAGGUGUUAGCACAGCAACCUCUCCAGCAGAGCAGCGACAUAUGGUCAUUUGGCAUUUUGCUUUAUGAAAUGGUGACAUUAGGAGCAGCUCCGUUCCCCAACAUCAUGGUCCAUGAACUUUUGCAGUAUUUACAGAGAGGGAACGCACUAAAGAAACCACCCAACUGCUCUAAUACACUAUAUUCCAUCAUCAAGGCAUGCUGUCAGUGGAGACCAAAGGAUCGAGCCUCAUUGGCUGAGCUCAAUCGAAAGCUCCAAUCAGGUGGGAGAAGCACAAACGAUCAGACUGUGCUGCAAGUGUCUGAGCCACUGGACAUGGAGAAGUACAUGCAGGAAGCUGGCUAUGGAGAAUCAGUCCGUACUGUAGUCUGAUGUUCUCUUUGUGGGUCUGUCAAAAAUGCAGCACUCUAGCUAUUAAUAAAAGGUUUGAGGUUAGCCCAUUCAAAAGUCAAACGCUUAGGGUGACAAAUCUGGUGCAUUAGAGGUCUGUAGAUUGUGCUGGCUUUAAAGGUCCAUGGGUAAGGUAACAGUUCACUAAACGUUAAGCACUCUGUCAGGUUAAAAGAAAACACCCAUCAUGCCAGCAAAAUAGUGGAAAAUCACACUUCUAAUAUUAUAGACUAUUUGAUGAUUAUACACAUUCAAUAUUGCUAGCUUCACUUUGCACAGUAGCACAGCCAAGGGUGGGCAGGGGUGGGCCAAAUUAGACCCAGGCCCACCCAAAAUAUUAGAGAAUAUUCUUUGACUUAAAAUAUAAAUUAAUUUCCUGGCUAUGCCCUUGACUACAUCAUUCAAGAAUUUGCAUAAUCAUACAUUUGAAUAUCAGAAUUCCCAUGUCAAAACAACUUAAAUGUUAUUUAAUUUUGGUAUUGGUUCUGCUUUGUCAUUAUUUACAUUUUUAGAGUAUUUAUUAUUAGUGUAAAUUAUAGAUUUUUUUCUUUCUCAGUAGUUUUCAAAUCAUCAGAUUUAUAUAAUGACUAGAUCGGACUAGAUCGGACUUACUGUUAAAUAUUUAGUUUCGCACUUGGACGUCUGUAGAUUUUGCAAGAACUGUGUAAAGGAUGAAAUAUGUGUGAUUAAUUCUUGAUUAAAAAUAAUCUUG